GACUGUAACCCGAGUGCCCUGGUGCCAUGGGAACCGCGUGUCUGACCCGCCCACUGUGUGAAAAAUUCAGGAGCGGCUGGCGCUAUGGCCUCCAACUUCUUUUAAUGACCGGAGCUGCAGCCGGCCUUUAGGCCUCAGGUCUGCUGCCCACAGCACUGCCGUCAUCUGCAGCUCAAUAAAGGCUGGGCUGGAAGCAGCGAAGCUCAGCAUCUCAGCUCCCUCCUCUUGCGUUCUCUCCAGCAGCCUCUCCAGGAGCUCCGUGGCCAUGACACAGCUGCUUCUGCUCCUUGUGGCUCUGCUGGUCCUGGGUCGUGCACCACCAGGGAGAAGUGAAUUCAAACGGUGCUGGAAGGGCCAAGGGGCCUGCCGGACUUACUGCACAAGGCAAGAAACUUACAUGCACCUGUGCCCGGAUGCUUCCCUGUGCUGUCUCUCCUAUGCAUUGAAGCCUCCACCAGUCCCCAAGCCUGAAUAUGAGUAGCUGCUUCUUGCUGUCCAAUAAAACACAGGCUGCCAAUUGUCUCUUC